AUGGAGGCAGUCAAGCGUUUCUUCUCUUCCCCGCGCUUUGCGGUCGCGGGCGCAAGUAACGACAGCAACAAGUUUGGUUACAAGAUCCUUGCAUGGUAUCACCAGCAUUCCCUACCUGUCACCCCUCUCAAUCCUCGCGCACCGCAGAUUGAACUGCCCUCUCGUGCCUACGACACGGUCGCAUCGCCCCGUGCCUUGCCUACGCCAUCGCAGACAUCCUUAUCGGUUGUGACCCCGCCAGCGGUCACUCUGCCGUUGCUCCAGGAGGCUCAUUCGGUGGGAAUUCCGGCCGUGUGGUUGCAGCCCGGAACGUUUGAUGACGCCGUCCUGGAAUUCGCUCACCAGCACUUUGCGGCAGUGAUCGCAGGCGAUGGGGGAGCGGGAAGUGAAGGUUGGUGUGUCUUGGUGGACGGCGAAGAAGGACUGGAGGCUGCAGGAGUGCAGUGGGCGAGCCAGAAGUUGUAG